CCCAGUUCGUUUUACAAUGGCACAGAUGCUCGGAAGUCUAAAAGGAAUACUACACAAAGUGCAACAUGACAGCAACAGCCAGAGACAAAAGUUGGCAAAGAAACUAGAAAACACCAAGAAACGCAUCAGGAAGCGUCUCUCCUCGAAGCAGACUAGCGAGGAAGAAGAGGAGCGCAGAGACAGUGAACUGUCGUAUGAUCCAGAUGCGGGGGCGGGGCUAUUGCUGAGGUAUCAACAAGUUUGGGCGGAGAUGCGCACCAACUCAUCAAACUGUGCUGCAAAUGCUACGCGUGUAGAUGAACGUCUACAGUCAGAGGUUCGUCGUUGUCAGGCACUUCACAACGCCUUCACAGCUUUCAACUGGGAGUUGUCACGAAUACCAGAUCUGAUGGUGAUACUUGGUGAAGCAAAGACGAGAGUUGAAGAUGUUAAUGGACAGUUGAAGGUUUUGGAGAAACAGCUGGAUGAGUUAGAAGACAUUUGUAAUGAUCUCGAAGUGAAACAGAAAAAGGAAGCUGAGGCAUUGGCUGUGAAGCGUCACAGCGAACAGAAAUGGCAGCAGUUGGAAAGAGAAAAAGUGGCUGCUCUUCGCAAGUAUACCCGAGAACAGGAGGCUCUGCAGUUUGUAGAAAUGGCAGCGAUAGAAGAGAAGCGACAAGCAUAUCAGGAAGUGUUUGCUGAGCAAAUGCAACUCUACAAGAAACAGGGCAAAGUCGAUUUGCCAAUUGGUCAUUCGAAGGUUUCUCAAGACAAAACAUUACUUGAAGACAUGUCGUUGGAUGAGCAGGAUGCAGCAGAGUUGAACGAGUUUCUUAAGGAUCUGUCUCCUGUAUUGUCUGAAGACCACGAAGAUGGAGAUGGUGAUUCUAGUCUUCUCAGUCCUGAAGUAACGUCUGUUGAUGAAGAUGAUGAUGAGACUGUGCCUGUCAUGAAAGACGAGGAGUCACUCAGUCCACCGGUAGGCGAUAGUCAACACAGUCAAAUGAAGGGUUCGGGUGAUUAGGUAGAUAUACUGUACUCUUAUUGAGUGAAAAUGAUUUCAUUGAAUUAUGUGACUAUAGUAAUUAAUGCUUUGGUAGGUUUCAAGUGGCUUAGUUUGAUGGAACUCAUGCAUAUACUUAUAUUGUUUUGUAUAAAGUGCUUCAUCUGAAUGUUUUAGGCUGUGGUGUG